CAGCCCCGCACGGCCCCGCACGGCCCAGCACGGCCCCGCCGGGACACAGCCCGGCCCCCCCAGCCCGGCGGAGGAGAGGCUGAGGGCUCGCCAUGCCGCUGGUGAAGAGGAACAUCGAGCCCCGGCACCUGUGCCGGGGGGCCCUUCCCGACGGGGUGACCAGUGAGCUGGAGUGUGUCACCAACAGCACGCUGGCUGCCAUCAUCAAACAGCUGGGCAGCCUCAGCAGGCACGCAGAGGACAUCUUCGGAGAGCUGUUCAACGAAGCCAACAGCUUCUACAUGAGGAUGAACUCACUGCAGGAGAGGGUGGACCUGCUGGUCAUCAAGGUGACUCAGCUGGACUCCACCGUGGAGGAAGUUUCGCUGCAGGACAUCAACAUGAGGAAAGCCUUCAAGAGCUCCACGGUGCAGAACCAGCAGGUGGUGUCCCGCAACUCCAUCCCCAACCCGGUGAUGGAGAUGUACCAGCGCUGCGACAAGCCCCCGCCCCUCAACAUCCUCACACCCUACAGGGAUGACAAGAAGGACGGCCUCAAAUUCUACACCGACCCCUCCUACUUCUUCAACUUAUGGAAGGAGAAGAUGCUGCAGGCGACAGAAGACAAGAGGAAGGAGAAGCGCAGGCAGAAGGAGCAGCGGCUGGUGGAGGACUCCACCCGGGAGGUGAAGAAAGUGAGGAAAGCCCGCAACCGGCGCCUGGAGUGGAACAUGAUGGCGUAUGAUAAAGAGUUCCGGCCGGAUAACAGGUUCUCACCAUCCCCCUAUCACAUGGCAUCAUCGGAAGGAUCACUGUCCCCAGAUAAUAGGUCCUACGCGUCGGACGCUGCCGACCACUCGUACCCGGCCAGCCCCAACCACCCGGCCCAGCUGCUGGCCCCCGCCGCCCACCUGGCCCCGGCGGAGCACAAGGAGGGGCUGGCAGCCCCCACGCCCCCGGAGCACGGGUUCCGGCCCGCGGGCAGCCGGCAGAACAGCCUGACCCGCCUGCAGCAGCCCCACGCGCCGCCGCCGCCCGAGGCCGUGCUCAACGGGCCCAGACCCCACCUAGUCAAGGAUUACGGCCCGCAGCCGGUGCCCAUGGCCGAGUACUUCGUGCCGCCGGCCCCGCCGCCGCCGCCGCCCGUCAUCCCGUCGGCGCAGACCGCCUUCGACAGCCCCAUCUCGGCUCCCCCCGCUCUGGCCCCCGGCUCGGCCGCAGCCCCGUCCUACGCCCCGUCACCGCCCCCCGCGCCCCCCGGGCCCUACUCCGCCUCCCCGCCGCAGAGCGGCCCCAUGGGACCCCCGGUGGCGCCGCCGCCGCCGCCGCCCGGGCCCCCGGCCGUGUCCGCCUCGCCCGCGCACUCCGCCUCGCCGCCCGCCCCCGCCGAGCCCCGCAAGCCGCAGGUGCCGCUGAUGCCCAUGAGCGACGCCCGGAGCGACCUGCUGGCAGCCAUCCGCAGGGGAAUCCAACUCCGGAAGGUCCAGGAGCAGUGGGAACAAGAGGCCAAGAAAGAGCCCGUGGGCAAUGACGUGGCCACCAUCCUGUCGCGCCGCAUUGCCGUGGAGUACAGCGAGUCCGACGACGACUCGGAGCUGGACGAUAACGAGUGGUCGGACUGAGGGCCCCGGCGGGGCGGGCUCGGGCUCCUGCUCCCCUCCAGGUGUGUAUGGGCACCUUCCCCAAGGGGCUCCUGCUCCCCUCCAGGUGUGUAUGGGCACCUUCCCCAAGGGGCUCCUGCUCCCCUCCAGGUGUGUAUGGGCACCUUCCCCAAGGGGCUCCUGCUCCCCUCCAGGUGUGUUUGGGCACCUUCCCCAGCAUCGCUGCCAGUGGGCGCGGGGCCCCGCUCGGUCAAGAGCUUUGCUUUUACACUUUGUCCAAAACCCUUCGGGCAGCAGCAGCAGCAGCAGCACUGGUAGGAUACACCUCGGAGGCAGUGAGAGCAGAAAUUAGCAGCACCUUCACAGUUAAUGACUUCCAAAAUUCUCUGAAGGCAGGUUAAUAGGAUUACUCCAGAUUUACACCUGGAGCAAGAGCAGAGACUGGCCCUGAGUGUGCUUUGUGAGAGGAGGGAGCCCCAGAGGCAGCAGUGCUUUUCCAGCUGUAUGUUAAUUGUGAUAACGAGAAGCUCCUGGAGAAAAAGCCUUGUUUGCACAGCUGGUGCCACCACGGGAGCUCAGGGGUGUCCUUGUGGGCUUGGGGACACUGCUGCUGGUGGUUUUGGGGUCAGGCAGCUCCAAAGGCAGCGUGCAGGCAGGAGCCUCCUUCCCUACAGAGCAAUGCUCCACGUUUAGUAGCAUUUACACCCUUGUGUUGUUGCUCCCUGGAAAAUCAUGGAAUGCUUUGGGUUGGAAGGCACCCUUAGAGCCCAUCUAGUCCAACCAGAACUGGGACACUCUCCACUAGACCAGGUUGCCUGAGCAGCCCAAGGUGUUGGUGACCUUAGCCUGUAUCCACCCUCAGAGCUGGUUCAGGAGCAAAUGAGGAAGGCAAGGCUGGAGUGGCUGGCAGGGAGACCCAGCCCUGUCUGGGCUUGUCUUGCCUUUUCCAGCAAGGGGUAGAGGUGUCCAGGGAGUUCCCUCAAGCCCAGCUCUCCUUGGCCUUAGCAUGGCACCAUUUCAGUGUGAUUUGGGAAAAAGUGAAUUAGACAAUCUGCUGCUUUCAGGUAAACUCUCAACUUGCACUUUGCAGCCCCACAAACUCUGCCUGUACAGCUGGGAUCAGCUCUGAGCCAGGUGCUGAUUCCCCCUGCCUGAUCCUGCUCCAUCCCCUGUCCCACGUUUGGACACUGAUGGAGGAGCUGGUGACAGCCCCUGUUUCAGCACUGAAAGUACCUGUUUUCCCAUCAAAACAGAGCCUGACCCGUGGAAGACUUUUCACAGAGCUACGAAGGGAGGAGGCACAGAGGAAGGCAGAGGAAAGGGGUGGGAAAUACUGGAAAUAUCACAGGCAGGUGUGAACACCUGCAGAGAGCUGGGAGAGGUUCCCCAGCUGUGGAAAAUGGGCCAGGACCAGCUGUGGAUUGGCCAGUGUGAUGUCCCCAGAGCCUCUCUUGUGUUCCCCUAUACCACAGACCCCUGAACAGGGAAAGCUGAGCUCUGUGCCCAGUUCCCUGCCUCUCCCAGUAGCCCUGCAGGUGGUGGCUGCUUCAGCAGGAUUUUGGCUAUGUAGAAGCAGCCAGACCUGCAAAAGAGGUGGGAGGAUAUGGCUGAGACCCAAAUGCUGAUGGUUAAAUUCACAAAAUCCUAGAAUGGUUUGGGAUAAAAGGGACCUUAAAGACAUCUCAUCAGAACCCCCUGCCAAGGGCACCUUCCACUAGACCAGGUUGCUGAUUUCCUGGGAAAUGCUGGUGUUGAGCAAUGUCCCAAACAUGUGCUCAUUUGCCCUCAGUGACAAACCCCUCAUGGCCAGAUGUGGUGAGUCCUCUGCCCAGCUGCUGGGAAAUGCCCCCAGGAGCUCUUCCUUCUCUUGAGUGGCACAAAAUGCUCUCUUGUCCCUUGGAUGUGACACUUUCCACACCUCCACACCCAGGCUGGGAGCUGCUGAGUGGGCUUGAGCAGGGGUGCAGAAGGGAUUUGGGAUGUGGGAGAGGGCAAGGCAAGAAGCAACAGGAUACAUGGAAUAACUCAUCUGCAAAACCCAAGGUGCAGGAGUGACCAGAGGGACAGGGAGACACCGUGCCCUGCAGGUGACCAGGAAAUUCCUGGUGCACACUGAGAGCUCUUGAUUCUGGUGUUGACCCUCUGAGAUGCAGGGAAAUGGCUGCAGGAGCUUUUUACAGAGCCCCUGCAAUGCCCAGGAGCUGCUUUCCUUGGGAAGGCAGCUGGGGUUUGGUGGAGCAGGUUCAGAAGGAGGCCGUGUAAAAAUUCAGGGCAACAUUUAAGGUGGAGUUUCUGGUGGAGCAUUAUUAACGUGGAUACAAUCACAAAACUGUGUGAAAGCAAACAGAAAUUUGGUUUGUAGAGGUAAUUUAGGGAGAGUAAGGAACCCUUUGUGAGAGAGAGAAAACAGCAGGGGCUGGUGGAGCUGCUCUUGUCUGUUCCAGAGGUGGAGGGGCUGCAGAGUCACUGUGGGGACCCAGCAGAGCUGAGGAGCCCCACUGGGCCUGGGAGGGGCUCAGGGACACAGGGGCUCAUCCCUGGGCUCUGUGACUGUCCCAGCUCUGCAAAGCUGAGCCACUCCUGGGGUGUGGUAUUUUUGGGGUCCCCAGGACAACGGAGGAAUUGAGAAUCUUACUCCGUGUUCUUAGAAGGCUGAUUUAUUAUUUUAUGUACUUAUAUUACAUUAAAGAAUGCUAGACUAAAACUAUACUGAAGAAUAGAGAAAGGAUACUUACAGAAGGUUUAACAAGAUACACUGAAAAACUCGUGACCUCUUCCAGAGUCCCAGCACAGCCAGAUGGUGAUUGGUCAUGAACUAAAAACAAUUCACAUGUUGGAUAAACAAUCUCCAAAGCAGCAAAACACAGGAGAAGCAAAGCAGAUAAUUCUUGUUUUCAUUUUCCUCUGAGGCUUCUCAGCUUCCCAGGAGAAGAAAUCCUGGUGAAGGGAUUUUUCAGUGGCAGUGGCACUGGUGGGAGCUGGAGAGCAGCCCCUGAGGGAUCCAGUCCCUUCUCUUCAUGCCCCAGCUGCUCUGGGUGUGCCACAUGGGCCGUGGCAAUUGGGGCAGGACCCCGUGGGUGUGUGGCAGCCAGGGCUGUCCCUGGGGCCUCCCACAGCCCUGUCACCUGUGCUGGGGCUGGCAGCUGCCAGGAUUGGUGCCGUGGCAUGGCAAAGGGCUCGACAAUCACAGGAAGGUUGGAAGGGACCCUCAAGGGCAUUUAGGUCACUCAGGGCACACCUGCAGAGCAGAUGCACAGCUGGCAGCCCCAGGGGGCAGGAAAGGCUCACCCCCAUUUCCUCACAUCUUUAUGUUGUUCCACCACAUCCCCACUGGUGUCAAACACCCACCCCAGCAGUCCCAGCACGUCCUCUCCCCUCCUGUUCUGCUGAAGGAAAUCCCCUGAGAGCACAAACCCAGCUCCCAUUCUCAGCUGCAAGGCCAGCCAGCAGCUCCACGGCCUCCCAGCACUGCCAGCUGGUUGGGAACAUCCCCACCCUCCUCUUCAGGGACCAGACCUGCCAUGGACACCCUUCAGCUCUCUAGGUAGCAGGGGUGGGAUCCCCCAUCCUCACCCCAGAGAGGUGGAGCUGGUGGAGAAGUGCCCUCGGGGGGGUUGGACACCCAUUUCUGGCCUGGCCAUGGCACACCCAGAUCUUCCCAACCCUCCCAGCAGCACCCCAGGAGUCAUUCAGGUGGGAAAGGACCUCCAGGACCUCCAGGGUGGAGCAUUAAUGCCACGAGAGCCAGUCCAUCCCCAGUGCCUUCCCUUGAGGGGCUCAGCUCCACCACCUCCAUCUGAGGCAGAAUCACCUGGUGUUUGCUCAGGUGACCUUUGCAGUCCAACAGAAGUGACACCAAUUCCUUGGCUGCUCUGGCUGGUGCUGCUGGGAGUGUGCCAUGCUAAUUAACACUGUCUGUCUGUCUGUCCCACGUGCUGCACACUCAGUGGUUUGCACAUAUGUGCCUAUUUCUGUGCAUCCUCCCCAAAGUAGGCCAGGCUGAGUUACACAACCUGAAAUGCUCAAACCCUCAUGUGGGCUGAUAUAAAAGUGAAUAUUUAAGUAUUUUAUCUAGCUUGGCAGACAUUAAAAAUACAAUCCAGGUCACAGAUGAUUGAAUUUCUCCUCUCUCAAGAGUGCCAGAAUUGGGCUGAGGAGGUUCUCCUGUACAUUAAGGUAUCGUGUUCCUGCUAAAAUAUUGCAGUGGCAUUUCAUUGCCAAAGGAUAAUCACAGAGUGCCAAACAUUUAAUGAGCCCAACUGAUCUCCUGAGAGCUCCUCUUUCCAUUUUAUCUACUUCCCCCUACUUGCCAAUUUAUGGGCAUAGAUUAAAGAUAAUAAAUAUGGCUGUCAACAGCAGGGGAAAUACCCUGUGUCCAUACAAAUGGGCUGGGCUGGAUCAGUGGAACAGGAAAUGGGAAAAUUUGGGGUCUGCUUGGAGAUGUCAGUGGAAGGCUGUCCUCCUUGAGGUCCAUCAGGAGUCUCUUGGACAUCCCAGGUGCAUCUGAAAAGGGGCUUUACAGGGAGCACUGUGCCCAUGGCACAGCUGUGAAGCUGCAGCAGGAGGGAAGGCUGCUCCUGCUCGGGAUGCUGGGGGCUGGUGGAAGUCCUGCAGUGUUCCCUCCUGGAAUUGUCUCCCUGAUUUGGAGGGACCACUGGAGCUGGCUGGUGGUGCUGGUGGCUCUCAAAGGAUCAGUGUCCUGCAGGAAGAAAGGACUGGACAGUUUCUAGUUUCUAAUUUCCCACCCAGGGAGGAGACCUAGAGAGGAGCAAUCACCCAUCCCACCCAGCCUUUGCAGCUGUUUCAUCUUGGGGAGGUUUUACUGCAGUGACAAACUUAAGGCUGAACUUGGCCUCUUCAGAGAGCUCUUUCCAGAGAAGAGCCUUCAAAUUUCCUCCCAGCCACUUUUCCACCUCUCUCUCCCUUCCCAGACACACAACAGCCUGGACAGAAGCUUUGCAGACUCCCCUGAGCCUGAAUUAACACCUCAGCUUUGAUGACAAAUGGGAGUUUGACUUGGAGGGAGGCAGGUGGCAGCACUGGAGGUGGCAUUUUGGAGGGGACAUUCCAGAGGUCCCCAGCUGGCAGGAGCUCGGUGCCACUUCCUUGUGGAUGGAGCAGGGAUGGCCAUGGGAAGCACUCCCCGUGGGGGGAUGCUGGCAAGGGGAGCACAGGCUGUUCUUUCACCAAUAUUCCUGUUUUUCCUGUAGCAGUAGUUAUUUAGGGGUAAGGUUUUCUCAGCUGGAAUGUCACUUUAAAAAAUUGAAAAGAAAAAAAAAAAAAAAAUAAGGGCAACGAGUCUGUCCUGAGGAGUUUACAGUCUACAGCAAAGACCAUGUAACCUGCACUGCACUUUAGAAGCCUCAAAUGCUCACUCACCCAUGACUUUCCCCUCGAGUGGGCAGCAGCCCCUUGAGGGCAGUUGUCCCUUUCUUCGGUGGCCCCUGAGCAGUACCAGCCACGUCCCUGCUGGUGACAGAGCCCCCGGGGCCCUCCUGCCCCACUCCCCACGCAGAAGUGCCUGAGCAAAGCCCAGGAGAGCCCAGCCACGCUGGGAUUGUCCCUGUGCCCUCGGGGGGCUGUCCCGGGUUUGUCCCGGGUUUGUCCCUGUGCCCUGGGGGGGCUGUCCCGGGUUUGUCCCUGUGCCCUGGGGGGCUGUCCCGGGUUUGUCCCUGUGCCCUGGGGGGGCUGUCCCGGGUUUGUCCCUGUGCCCUGAGGGGGCUGUCCCGGGUUUGUCCCUGUGCCCUGGGGGGGCUGUCCCGGGUUUGUCCCUGUGCCCUGGGGGGGCUGUCCCUGCCCUGCACAGCUGUGCUCCCUGGGAUCACCUCAGUGGGCAGGGAAUGGUGCCUGGCAGCCCCCUGGCUGACCCUCAGGGCUGGCACCAGCCAUGGCCCAGCCUCUGGGAAACCUCUGCAGACACUCACAGCCCAAACCCAGACUGUGAAGUGGUUCCAUCUUUUUGAGAAUCAAAGGGGUUUUUUUUUGUGUGUGUGAAUCUGAUUUUUUUUUUUUUUUUUGGACAAACCCCAGGGAUUUUAGGCUCACUCUCACAAGCUCCACCUUCUCCAGGUGAAAAAUGUGCCUGCGUUUUCCUGGUGGAGGGAAUACAAAAAAAACCCAAACCAAACCCCGGAGUUAAGUACUUCAGGGAGGAGGUGUUUGCCCCAAAGCCUUCAGAGCUGUGCCCACAGGCAGGGUGGGACAAGAGGAGGAGAGGACACCAUCCUAGUGGUGUCACCCAGGGUGCUGUCACCACCCUGGUGGUGUCACCAGAGCCUGCAGCAAGGGCUGGGCUCCUGCUGAGGGAAACCCUAUGGAGAAUAUCCCUGAGGGCAGAGCUGAUGUGACAGGACCCAAAGUGGAGUCUGAAUCACUGACAGGAGCCUGAGGCCACCAGAGCAUCACUGAUGCUUCACCCUCCCUGGGCAUCUGCCAGCAGGGAUUGUCCCAGGGUCCUCCAGCCUCUCCCUCCUGCCAGGAGCAGGAUCAAAGCUCUUGCUGGCUGUUGGGAGCCCCAGUGGGUGUGAAAGGAGCCUUUCCCUGCACACUGGCACUGCCAGGGGACAGGGCUGGCCCGGGGGGGUUCAGCUCAGCUAAUUCCAGCUCCUGGUUCUGUGUCAGGUUAAGAGUGCAGAGAGGAGAAAAUAAGGCAGAAAGGAACCAGCCCAGCAUUUUAGGUUGGUUAUUUUAGGCUGGUCAUGCUCACAUCAGCCUGCACAGGGGAAACCUCAGCCUGGUCAAACCCUGGGCAAAGCCACAAAGGGCAGGGAGGGGAUCAAUCUGCUCUGCAGGUCAGUGUGGGACUGAGCUGAGUCAGGUCUCAGGGAAAACCUUCUGGAGGUGAGGAUGGAGAAACUCAGGUCACAGAGGCUCUGCCAUGGCUUUGAGAAGCCAGAGAGAAGCUCUGACCUUGUGUGCAGCCAGGGAGUGGAGGGUGGAGGUGCCCACAGGGCCUUUCUGGCACGUUUGUGAUUCUCCCUCAUCCCUGGGUGGGUUCCAGCCCCAGAGCAUCCCCCAGCAGCCAGGGCAGCUGCUUUUGCUCCCCCUUGGUUUUGGUGUUGAGCCUCAAAUAGAAUGAAGGUGAAAUGUGCUGCAGAGUAAGCACCUGAGAGGGAAGGAUGUGAGCUCCCAGCUGUUCCUGCUGGAUGUCAGUGGUUAAAAGGCAGCAGCUCCUCUGGGCAUCCAUGAUCCACAGACUGUAGUGAACAAACCUUUAAGGUGGACAAUUCAACAUUUACCCUUUGAUUUGGGGUAGCUCAGUUGAGAAAUCUAAAAAUAAAAUGCAAAAAAAAAAAAUCUAAAAAUAAGCAAAAAAAAAAAAAAACCAACGCAACCCACCCACCAAACAAAAAAAGCAAACAAACAACUCACGUGUGAUUUCCAGAAGGAUAAACUGUUCCCUUUCCUUCCCUCAGACCUAGAGGGAAGGUCAGACACAACAGCACUUCCCACUCAUUCAGCAGCAGAAUGAAGCAGGUGCCACCAGAACCACUCCCAAACAUCCCAGGGAACUGCUGUUGAAGGAAAAGCAAUCACCACCUCACCCCAGGGCAGCAAGGAGAGCCUUUCCUGCCACUACAGGAGGUGCUUUUGCCCCUGGAGGCCCCUCCCCAACUCAAGGGUUUCAAAUCCCAUUGAUUUUCACCUCUCACUGGUGCUGUGCAGUCCUGGUGCCUCAGCUGGGAUUGUUGACUCCGUGGAAAAUCCCUUCUUGCCAUGGAAAAACCACAAAUCUUGUGUUAAAAAGGGAGAGGGCUUGGAGGCAGGGACACUCCUGUGGUGCCCAUGGAGAGCUGCUGAUGAUUUCCUCCUGGCAGCAGCAGCAGCUCAGGCAGAGCCCUGCUAGGGCCCCAGAAAUCAGUCAUGAGCAUCAACACCCCCCUCCCAAUUUAAUUGUACUCUGAGAUGUUUCAGCUCUGUCUGUAGCUCUGGCCAGUUUCCCACAAAUGGGAAUGCUCUUCCUGGGGUUUGUUGUCCUGGAUAGCAGAUCAGGUAGAGAAAGCAAAUCCCAGAACCCCAGAACUGUUUGGAUUUCCAGUCUGGUUUCCACCCCGUGCCACGGGCAGGGACGCCUUCCAUGAGACCAAGUCCCACCCAAGCUGCUCAAAUCCCCACAAAUUUAGAAAACCCUUUCCUUCAAAAUGUAUUUUCAGGGCCUUUUGGGGCUGAUGUCUCCUCACCCUAACAGACUUCCUGAAUUUUGGGGCUGCCUGACUUGUUGGGGAUCUGCAGCAGGCUGUGAGUUUGGGGUGAUGCUGAGCUGUGCUGGCACCUUCCUCCCUCUGCCUUCAGCUGUGCCCUGCCACACCCAGGGCUGGGAUCCACGAUCCUGCUGGCAACACCACGGGGCCAGGGCAGCUCCUCCUGACACAAGUGCCUUUCCUGGGGUCCCUCUGGAGCCUCCUGGGCUGGAAUGGGCAGAGCUCAGCUGGGCUGGGAUCCUCUGGGAUCCCCCUCCCACAGGAGUGUCUCGGGGAGCAGCUUCCACUCCAGCCGUGGCCAACCCCUGGAAACUGCUGCAGCAGCCUGGAGGCAUGGGGACAGUCCCCAGAGUGCUUGGGAGCUGUGGGGAGGGACAAACCCUGCCACCAGCGUGCUGUGGGGAGGGGACAAACCCUGCCACCAGCGUGCUGUGGGGAGGGGACAAACCCUGCCACCACCAAACCCUGUCACCACCUUGCUGUGGGACAUGCACGCCCUGUGGGUUGCUGCUGUCAUGGGGCAAGCAUUCAGGAGAGCCUUCCUCUUCUUCCUCUUCCUGCUGCUGCUGCUGUCCAGCCUGGGCAGCUGCUGCAGUGGGACAGGAGCCAUCUCCUUCCAGCUUCCAUCCCCUCUGGGGCCAGCAGGAGCCCUAACACCUCUGGGGGAGGCCAGGUGCUGUAGGAGAGUUGUUUUGGAGGGAAUUGAAGGCGGGUGAGGAUCAUCUCCUGCAGAUCAAGGCACCUCAGACCCCAAACCCCCCUGCACCACCCAAGCUCUGAGACCUCCUGGAGCACUGGAUCUUCCCAAAGCAGAGCCUCCAGCAGCAGCCAGCCCCUGAUGGGCAUUUCAGAAGCAUUUUUCUCUCCUUUUGGUCACACACAGAGCCCAGAGCCAGAGCUGGGGCUGCUCUCUGUGGAGGCUGGCCCCAGCUCUGCAGGGGUGGCACCCAGGGGACAGGGACACCUCGGCAUCCCAACGCUCCUGCCAAAGGCUCCUUUUUUAAUCACAGCAGGAGAAUUACUCCAUCUCCUUAGAUCUGCCACCUGGUAGAAGGAGCUGGUGCAGGACUGGCACCUUCCCAAGGGAGGGUGAGCCAUCCCAGGCCAUGAGAGGCUCCCAUUGCUCCACAGCUGAGUUGAGGGAGGAGAUGUUGGCUGUCUCUGGGGUCUGUAACCACGUGCCCUUAGUCAGUAGGUGAGUAGAUGUUGCUGCCCGUGUCUAUCUCCCCUGCCCAGUUGCUAUGUGUGAACAAGUGUAUUUCUCCCCAGUGUUGUGGGUUCUGCCUGUGGUGACACAAGGAUGGAAAGGUAGGGAUGACCUCGAGCUUCCUUCUGGACAGGGUAGAGAGGAAACCUGGAUGGGUCCGAGGCACCGCUUGUAACUACAUUUGUUCAAGAAAUGUCAUCUUAACCCCAAACUGUUGACACUUUAUGCAUGUGCUAAUUAAAUUUAAAAGAAAAAAAAAGAAGAAAAAAAAAAGGAAAAAAAAAAUAAAGAUUUUAAGAGGUUACAGUAGA